GGCGCGGGUGAGGGGAGAGGCUUGAGGUGCCUAUGGUCUCGCGGCGGUAGUCUCGCGAGGCGAGAGUUGGCGGCCGCCGCCGCUGCUUGGUUGCUUGUGGGGAGCUGGUGGUGUUUGUGUGGGAAAGGGAGGAGGAGGAGGAGAAAGAAGGGAGGCGAGCGAAGAGGAGGAGGAGGAGGCGGCUGUAGGCCCCGCUGAGGCGGCGGCGGGAGUAGCAGCCCUACCGGCGGCUAGCACCAUGGCCUCGGGGGACACUCUCUACAUCGCCACGGACGGCUCGGAGAUGCCGGCGGAGAUCGUGGAGCUGCACGAGAUCGAGGUGGAGACCAUCCCGGUGGAGACCAUCGAGACGACGGUGGUGGGCGGCGAGGAGGAGGACGAGGAAGAGGAGGACGAGGAGGAGGAGGACGAGGAGGAGGACGAGUGCUGCGAGGACUGCGGCCCUCACCACCCGCCGCACCGCCGCCACCACCACCACCAUCAUCACCACCACCAUCACCACCACCACCACCCGCCCAUGAUCGCCCUCCAGCCCCUCGUCACCGACGGAGACCCCAGCGGCGGCGGAGGAGGAGGCGGCGGCGGCGCCGUGGUGGGCUCCGGGGGCCAGCUCCACCUGCACCACCACCCGCACCACCAGGAGGUCAUCCUGGUCCAGACCCGGGAGGAGGUGGUCGGCGGGGACGACUCUGACGGCCUGCGCGCCGACGACGGCUUCGAGGACCAGAUCCUCAUCCCGGUCCCGGCUCCGGUCGGAGGGGAGGACGAGUACAUCGAGCAGACGCUGGUCACCGUCGCCGCCGCCGGGAGCAAAGCCGGAGCAGGCGGAGGGAGCGGCUCUUCCUCGGGGCGCGUGAAGAAGGGCGGCGGAGGCAGCGGCAAGAAGAGCAGCAAGAAGAGCUACUUGGCGGGCGGCGUGGUCGGAGGCGGCGGCGGCGGCAGCGUGGUCGGAGGAGGCGUCGUGGGGGCGGACGGAGGCGCCGCGGCCGUGGUCAGCGGGGUGGGCAGCGCCCGCAAAUGGGAGCAGAAGCAGGUCCAGAUCAAGACCCUGGAGGGGGAGUUCUCGGUGACCAUGUGGGCCUCGGAUGACAAAAAAGACAUUGACCAUGAGACUGUGGUGGAAGAGCAGAUUAUCGGCGAGAACUCCCCUCCAGACUACUCAGAAUACAUGACGGGAAAGAAACUGCCACCUGGAGGAAUACCUGGCAUUGAUCUUUCGGAUCCGAAACAGUUGGCUGAAUUUGCUAGAAUGAAGCCAAGAAAAAUCAAAGAAGAUGAUGCUCCAAGAACGAUAGCAUGUCCUCACAAAGGCUGCACAAAGAUGUUCAGGGACAACUCAGCCAUGAGGAAGCACCUGCAUACUCACGGGCCUCGAGUACAUGUCUGUGCAGAAUGUGGCAAGGCCUUUGUAGAGAGCUCAAAGCUAAAGCGGCAUCAGCUAGUUCAUACUGGAGAGAAACCCUUUCAGGCCAGGCCUCAGAGAUUAUGUAGGUGCGGGAUGUCUUUCACUGAUAAAUCAUACAGUCUAGUUUGCCAGAUCAAGAUGUACAAACUGGACAACAUCAUACACAAAUUUGCACAUUUGAAGGUUGUGGCAAGCGCUUUUCACUGGACUUCAAUUUACGCACACAUGUGCGAAUUCAUACUGGAGACAGGCCCUAUGUGUGCCCUUUUGACGGCUGUAACAAGAAGUUUGCUCAGUCAACUAACCUGAAAUCUCACAUCUUAACACAUGCUAAGGCCAAAAACAACCAGUGAAAUUCUGCAAGAAGAAAGCUCUUGAACUCAAAGCAUCUUACCUUAUGGUUGAAAAUCAGUAAGCCUCCCCUUUGUAUAUUGUUUCUAGGAAAGAAUUUAAAAAAACAAAAAAAGAACCCUUCGCGCCUAAAGGACUUUCUUUUGAUAAAGUAGCAAAAUAAACUGUAAGGCAGCAUUGUUACAAUGCUCAAUUUUGCUCUGUAAUUCGGUUUCAAGAGCAUGGUGUUUUUCUAAAGCGUGGCCCCACCUGGAGGAGUCAGACAGUUCAUGGACUUGCAUCAAAGACAGUUCUUUCUACAACAGUGCUAAAAUUGGACUUUUCACAUUGUUAUAAAUAUGAAGCUAAACUGUUGCUUACAAUUUUUUAAUUUUGUAUUUUCCAAGUGUGCAUAUUGUACACUUUUUGGGGAUAUGCUUAGUAAUGCUAUGUGUGAUUUUUUUCUGGAGGUUGAUAACUUUGCUUGCAGUAGAUUUUCUUUAAAAGAAUGGGCAGUUACAUGCAUACUUCAAAAGUAUUUUCCUGUAAAGAGAAAAAAAAGUUAUAUAGGUUUUGUUUGCUAUCUUAAUUUUUUUGGUUGUAUUCUUUGAUGUUAACACAUUUUGUAUAAUUGUAUCGUAUAGCUGUAUUGAAAUCAUGUAGUAACAAAAUAUUAGAUGUGAUUUAAUAGUGUUAAUCAACUUAAAACCAUUUUAGUCACUUUUUUGGGAAAAAUACUGCCAGAUGCCAAUGUUCCGUGUACUUUCUCUUUGCCUGUUCAGUUAAGGAAAGUGGUGCUCAGUUGUAGAAUGUAUUGUACAGGCACUGACCUUUUAACAACACCUGAUAUGUACAUCCCAUGUAAUAGAGUGGGCAACAAUAAACCAGUGGUCCUGAAGAAAGAAUAUGGCAGAAAAUUAUCUGUAAGCACAGCCUAUUUUCUUCUGUUGUCCAGAACAAAUUACAGUUCUUUAACCUCCCAGAAUUUGGAAGAUAAAUAAAAUUCAAGUUACCUUUA